UAGUUUCAAGUUUUGUUUUUGUUUAGAUAAGAAUUAAUAGUACAAGUUUCACUGGUUGAAAACUGUGUAGUUUGUAAAAUAUGUUGAUAAUUUUAUGUAUUUUUAUUUGUAGUCAGCUUGAAUAAAACAAAAUGGCGCCUGUAAAAAAGAACGAAACAAAAGGAAAAUCACCUAAAGCUUGUGACCGUGGUUGGUGGAAACUUUCUGAUGAGCAGAGAAAAAAACACAAUGACUUAAUGAGAAUACAAUUAUUGUCUCCGUUUUUAUUUAGUAAAGUAUAUCAAGAAGAAACAUGGAUAGAAUGGGCUAAAAGUGCUGGACUUUUGUCACAGAAAAGGAUUGGUGCUAUGGAUGACUUAACAGAAACGGAGCUGCUACAUACAGAUCUUGCUGAAGUUGCUAUAAAGUAUCUACAAGAAGAAAUUAAACGACACAAAGAAUUUAACGCGAAUGUUACAGAUGUGCAAUUCUUAGAAGAAAUUAUAGAUAAUAUUAACGCAUGUCAACAGAAUGAAUCGUUACAGACUGCUCUUGAAAAGGUUAAAGGAAAACAUUGGUUCAAGACUGUAAGAUCACACCUUUUGAAAUUAUAUGCAAUUGAUGCAUUGAAGCUAGAAGCUGCAGUUUUCUUAGCUGCAUGGCAAGUAAGUACAUAUAUGAAGGCAGUGAGUUCUGGAGAAAAGUUAUUGGAGACAUACAAAGAAGACUCAACAAUGGAUGAGAAUCUCAGCAAAAGCAAGAUGGAGGGAAAUAGAUUUUAUGCUGAUGAAGAAUUUAGUAAAGCAAUCACCAAAUAUACAGCCAUACUGUAUGCAAAGCCUUACAUUUACAUCAUUUAUGGAAAUCGUGCGGCUUGUUACUUGAAAAAAAAAGAAUUUCAGUCUGCUUUAUCUGAUGGUCGACGUGUAACAACACUUAACCCAUCCUGGCAAAAGGGCCAGUACCGAUACGCACAAGCAUUGCAUGAACUUGGUCAAAGUAAAGCAGCAUUAGAUGUGUUAUCAAAAGCAAUAAAAGUAUGCAAACAUACCGAAGACUUAGAAACUUAUCAAGAAGAGAUUCAACAGAAACUUGCUGAUGACAAAAAAAACGCCAUGACUAAUGGUGACCUCAGUGACAAUAAUGGUUGCAACGAUGAUGAGUGGGAAGAUGAUGACAAUUGGAAAGGUGUUUCAAGUGAAGAACUGUCAGACUGUAGUGUGCCAGAUUUACAUUCUGAAUCUGAAGAUGAAAGUGAUAAUAAAGCUUCCUCAAAUAAUGAUAAAAACAAAAACGAUGAGACUGGAAAUCAGGAUAAUGACGAUGUUCCUGCUUUAAUGACAGACUCUGACAGCAACUCAGACGUGGAAGACAAUGGUAUAAAUCAACCAGUUACCAAGACCAACAAAAAGAAGAUUCAAAGGAAGGCAUUUAAAGAUAAGAUGGAUAAAAAUUUCAAAACUCAUUAUAAGGAGGCUGAGGAUUCUUCUGAAGGGACAGAGAAAAGCACUCAAAAACAAGAAAAACUAAAAAAAAAGAGAAAGAAGAAAACUGUCGAAAUAAAAUCACUUGAUUCUAUUGAAGUGAAGCAGGGAGAUUUACAAGUCACCAUGAAGGAGGGGACAAUUGCUUUGUUGUCAAAUCAAAGUCGCACUGCUGCACAUCAGUAUGGGAAAGCAGUAAAGAUUAUUGAAGACAAUGCAUGUCUUGAUCUGCUUUCAGAUUGCAAGAAAAUGGUUCUUCAUUACGCCCAUGGCAUUUCUUUUUAUAAGGCAGGCACACGCACUGAUCUUGUGGAGUCCUUGAAUAUUUUUAUUUCAAUUAACACAAACUUUGGUGAUAAAAAGUUUGCACUAUCUCACUUUGGAAUUGGAAAAGUUUACUGUAAACAAAAUAGAUUCCAGGAUGCACAAGACCCUUUAAGGAAAGCAUUAGCACUUGGAGCACAAAGUGAAAACACUUGCUAUACUUGGCCUGGUUGUGAUGAUGUCAUUGAAGAGUCUAUACCACAUAAACUGCGUGAAGCUGUUACUUUCCUUUUGUCUUGCUGUCUCAAUCCACCGAAACCAGACGCUAUUUGUCGUUACUCCAUGUGUGAACAUACGCAAACUAUCAUAUAUUUUUCAGAUCCAGAUUUUAAAGGCUUUGUACGACUUAUAUGUACAGAAAAAUGCUUUGUUGAAUUUCAUACAAAUUGCUGGAAAAGAUUUCGAUCUGGUUGUACUUUACAAGUAUCUCAAAAGGAUUUUUUAAAGGAUGCUUGUAAAACACCAGAUUGCAUUGGUGUUGUUAACGUUAUUCAAAUAUAUGAAGAGUCUAAUGGAAAUGUGAAAGCAGAGUUCAAAGUUAAUAUUGAAAGGGAAAAAAAGAGACCAUAUGUGGAUAAAAGAAAACGUUUGUUGCCUUCAAGUGAACUUGGCUAUCAGAAGAAAAUUAAGAAGUAUAACGAACGCAUGAAAAGAAAGGAACAAAAGAAACUGUUGGUUGAUAAUGAUAUACAAAAUAAUAAUUCUACCGACGAAAUUAGUGAAGAGAAGAAACAACAUACCUCGAAACACAAUGAAACAUCAGAGGAGACAAGUGAAAACCAAUAUAAUUCACCAGCUGUAGAUGGUGAAAUGUAUGUAUUGAAGAACAAGUAUGAAGAUGACGGUGGAAAAAAGAAGAUAAAAACAAAAAAGGCUGCCAAACAAAAGGUGACGAUAGAGAUUCCUUUCAUUGAGAAUGAGAAGAAAAAGCAAAAUGCUUCAAGAAUGAACAAUGGAUUCGACGUUCCAUCACAGUUACAAGAAGAGAUCUCCUUGUUUGAAGAAGAUUGGCAGAAGAAUGAUCAUGAAAUAGCCUUCAAACCUUACAUCAUUGAUAAUAAAGAUUCAAUUGUGGAUGGUUUCGACUUUUCCCUGUUUAAUCACUUGGUACCAAAUGCAACUGAGACAGCUCUUCAUCUUUUCUCAAUGUUUGAGCAAAUUUUGGAAAUGCAUGGUAGUGCGAACAUACAUACAGAUAAAGAGAUUCUCGAUUUUUGCAACAUUCUAGAUGACAAUUCAAAACUUUUGAUUACGGAAAUAGGCGGACUACGCACAUUUUUAUUAAAGUGUAAUAGAUUUACAUUCGAUAAGAAGCGCAGAGAUGUUGUUUAUCUCACCAGUCAGGAAGAAUUUUAUGAACACUGUCAGAGUAGUAGAACACACGAAAGUUACUAUUCAUCAAUUGAUGAGUCAACUGCGUUUGAGGAUAUAGACCUCAAAAAGUUAUUUCCUUGUCGGCCUGGUUCCAAUGUUAAUUUAAAUCCAAAGGCUGAGGCUUUUGUUCCUGUACAAUUAAACUCGGAAAGUGAGGAUAGUCCAAAAAUAGUGGAAAUCACUGACAGUGAGAUACCACCAAAUGUUGAGGUAUUGAAAAGUUCCAGCUCUUUAGAGACUCCUGUGACAUCUAAUGACAAAACAACUGUGAAAGAAAAUAUUUCAAUGAAACAUUAUAAGGAAUUUGAAAAAAAGUUAAAUAUAGAUUCGACAGAGACACAGAAAGAUGAGGUAAUAAAGGAUACUGCAUUGAAAUCAGACAAAAAAAAUAAUAUUGAAACCAAAAAGGGUGUGAUUUCUCCUGAAACAAAUCCAACCCCUGCAAGAAAGCGAGAAGUGGCAAGCGAGUUUCGCCAGCAAAUAUUAACAGAUAUUAUUAAAACCAAUAAAACAGUGUAUUCUGGUUCUGGAAAAAACACUGAAUUUGAAUUUGAAGUGAUUCAAAAUGAAACGCGAGAGAAUGUUAAUAUGACUUCUUUUAAGCACUCAAGUAACAAUAUGGUGUAUAUUAUAUCAGAUAAAAACAAAGAAAGCAGCUGCAGACGAGACCUUCUUUCCAGAGCAUUAUAUUCAGAUACAGAUAACGAAAAGAAAUCUGUAAAGAAAUGUUCUGCGAAAAACAAUGACAAGACGUCGAAUUCGAAGAAGAAAGACGAAAAGGCGACAACUACAGACAAAAAAGUUUUUGCUACUAAAAAGAAGGAGGAGAGCAAAAUCGAAAAAAUAAAGGAGGUGGAGAGAGUUAAGAAAUUGAUUGAGAAGUCCGACAAGGAACCUCUUUGUGUCGGCGAGGCUGGUGUUCAAGUUGAUUUAAUGCAAAAAGAAAUGUCUGAAAUGAUACGAAAAAAAGAGUCUUUGCAGGAGUUGAAUAAAACUCUCCUUAAUGAUUUGAAAUCUGAACGAGGUAAAAGGGAACAAGAUUUGAAGGUGGAACAUGCUAAAAUAGAAAAGUUAAAAGAGGAUUUGAGUAAGCAAAGAAAUAAAUAUGCAACUAUGCAUGACCGGUUGCAAAGUGAAGUGAGUGAGAAAAAAAAGCUUUACGAGAAAUUAAAAAAAGAAAGCGUGCGUGUCCAACAAGGUAAUGAACAUGAAAUAAAAAAAUUAAGUACUGAAAAUAAAGAUUUGACUGAUCAAGUCAAUGAUAUGAAGGGAGAAAUAAAGGAGUUAUUGGGAAAACAGGAGAGAUUCCAACGUGAAAGGGACGAAAGAGAUAGUUCUUUUGCUGAAUUGAAAUCAACCUUGAUUGGUGACAGGAGACGUCAUCAGCAGGAAAAAUCUGAUCUUGAAGAGAUUGUUCAACGCCUUACAAACAGUCAAUCACAACAAACUCAAAGAGCACAGAGAGUUGAGAUUGCACUGUUGGAAGUGAAGAAAGAUGUUGUCACAACCAAGUAUCGCGAUCAAGCUACCAUUAUACAAAACACGCUUAAUCAAAUGCAAUUCUGGCCGCGUGUACCCGAUGCACACAAGAUCAGAUUAAUCUGGGAAGAAUAUAAGAAAAAUUUUCAAACAUGCUUCGAAAAAAUGCAGGAAGAAUUCCUCGCGCUGAUACAGGCGGUGAAAGAUGGACAACCAUUGGAGAAAAUGCCACCUGCUAAGUAUGCUGAACCACCGCCCUACCCCAAGACGCCAAUGAUGCAACCGAACAUACCAGCUCAGUUAAAAGCCCAACAAAUGCAAAUAAUGGCAGCAGCCCAGCAGCGUCACAGAGUUGUGCCUGUAGCUCCAACAACGCAGAGUUCGUCCUCUGUUAGUAAUCAAACUGACCAGGUGCCAUUAUCACAAACACCAGUGGCUAAACUGAUGGUAGACCCUUACAAAAACAACACUCAAGAAGUUACGAGCGAUGCUACUGUAUCCACUGCAUCUGCUACUUUAUCCACUGUAUCUGCUACUGUAUCAGGGUAUGAGAGUGAUUCUGAGGACUCUGAGAACUCCUCUGGUCAAAGUGAUGAGCCUAAACCACAGAUUAAAAUGAUGGAUCGAAUUAUUAUGAGAUUAGGAGCUAUUUUCCAGAAUUUCUCAAGGGAUGAAUUGGAGUACUUUGCGUAUGAAUAUCGACGAAGACACGGUUCUUUAAGUGGAAUGAGGCUUGACGAAAUUGUGUCGAAUAUCGAACGCAUGAUUCGAACGGAAAGACAAUUUGCUAAUCAGUCUGCCAGCUCACCGAAACAAGCUCCAAGAAGAUCUCAUGUAGACAGAAGUAAACCUCUGUACACACGUCAAUCCGCUGACUUGCCCAAUGUACCAGUGCAUGCAAAACGAGUACGCGCUCACCAUGUGGCGUCAAAUCAUCCUUCUAGACCGGAAUCGUGGUUAGACCAUCCCUCUGCACAUAAACCUGUCAGUAUAUUUGGACAUGAAGAACCUUGCGUUAUCUGCUAUGAAGAUAUGACAAGAAUGACGGCACUCAAGUUGCAUUGUGGGCAUGUGUUUCAUCGAAAUUGUAUUACCUGUUGGUUGAACGAGCAAAGAACUUGUCCCGUUUGUCGUGUGUUUGCUUUGCUUCCCGAUGAGUAUCCAGCCCUUGGGUGAACUAAAGACCGAACAUGUAUACUUAUAGUUGGAAAAGAAAACGGAUAACUGUGUCCCAGUAAAUUUAUAACGUUGGCCGUUUUGCAUAAUAUAAACUAUUUUUUAUUGUUUUUUAUUCUUGAUUUUUGUACUUUUAUCCUUGUUAAAUAUAUCAAUAUUUUUUUGUAUCGAAAAACAGCAGAUCUACACCUA